AUGCCAAUCCUCGACCUUCCAGUGGAGGUUCUUCUCCUCAUUUAUCAAAGUCUCAACGAUAUUGAUGACGCUUUGCACCUCGCCAGAACCUGUGAACAGCUAUAUACCAUCUUUGACAGUCCAUCGUCACGUGUAAACAUCUUCCGGUGCAUCAUUCAAAGCCAAAAUCAACACCAGUUUGACACCAAGUUGACUAUUGUUCAAUCCUGUAAUCAAACCUAUUACUCGUCGCUAGAUUCCACCACGAGCCCUGCACCGACAGCUGCCAGGCCUAGUCCCGAGGUCCUCAACCAAGGACUUUUCCCAGCCCACCCACACCAAUUAUCCGACGAACAGGUAUGGGGAAUUGUCUGCCGUUGGCACGGUACGAGAUCUCUCUUUUCCCUGUACAGUGACACAAUCAUCCACAACAUAUACAUGAAUGACUGGGUCCCCUGGUGGCACACUCAAACCCCUGUACUUCUCGGCAACGACCCGCUUCCCCAGCUCUCUGGCCGAACCAUCCAUAGCACCUCCGAUCAAAAGCGCAUCCUCUACCACCGAUUCUACCAAGCAUUAACCUCCCACUGGCUCUCUAUUGAAUGCCUGACCCUUGCAAAGGCCACGGUAUAUCCCACCCCCGAGUCACGAAAUGAAUGGCAUGCAAUUAUCUACGCUCAGUGGUGCAGUCGAAAUCACCCUCCCUUGCGAGACAGGCUGGAUAUUCUGCAGGUAACUGUUUUCGUGUGGGAGUUUCUUGCCCGCAAGGCCUUCGAGACGAUCCCUCUUACUCCACGACUACAGGCAUUCCGCACGAGCAAGGUCUUUCUCCGCCCUCCAAGUGUGAUCCAGGCUCUCAUACUGCUGAGCUGGCCUGAUCCGGAUUCGAUGUGCGAUCCAGUAGGGUACUACGAGCGUUCAACGCCCGAGUGCAGGAUUCAACCGGUGGUUGUGGGGAGGCAACAAGGUGGCAAUGAGGUUCCUGACAAUCUAGACAAUAACAACCCGGGAGAAUGGGAUAUGGGAUUACAGGAUCUAGAGAAUUGCACGCAUGAUUCCCUGCGACGAAUGAAGAUCACACCCCGAGCAACAUGGCGAUCGUACUGGGCCUCGAGAUGGGGAGGAAGCUUUACGAAACGACCAAGGUUAGGUCAUGCGGAGGAUGGUAAAUUGAGCAUCGGCGUCUUGGAUCGAUUGUUCCUUUGUCCCGAGACCGAUGAGCGGUUGCAAAUAGACAUGCUGUACCGAAUCUAG